CAGCUACUACUUACCUUGGAGAGACAGCUGGCAAGGUAAGGACUGGAUGUGAACAGGAGAAGAUUCUGGGGAAGACUGGGUGUGCAACGGUUUGAUGCAAAGGGCCCUGGACAGGGAGCUUCACUUUUUUGGGUGCCAUUUUCCACUCCUGACGGCGGGGAUGGUACCACCGAUAGAGAGGGCCCUAUUGGGAUUAAACAGCUUUGCCCAGGUGAAAAUGCAAGGCUCAGAGUGGGUGUUGCAUGAGCGUUUGAGGAUCCCCAGAGGUUUUGGCUGGGAAGGUUCUAAUGGGGGUGUGUGCGGGGACUCAGGCGCAAGGUUUGGCUUUGGGGACACACGGGUCUCGGGACCCCCAGCUCUGAGGCUAUUGCCGUCUCCUUGGCCCUGGACCGCUGAGGGUUAAUGAAAGAGCCUCACGCCCCCUUUGACGGCGCAGAGCCCACCUCGCUGAAUUUGAAAAGGCGGCCUUGGAGAGGCGUGUGCGCCCCCAGGCACUUCCCGCUCGGACCCCGGCUGUGCUAGCUAGCUGGCUCGCUCGCUCUGCUCCCGGCGGGGCGGCGAGUUCGGUCCGGCCGCCUGUGCGCUCCCGCCCGGGACCCCGGAUCCCCGCGGGCGGCCGCGCAAGAUGAAGCUGGCUCUGCUCCUGCCCUGGGCGUGCUGCUGCCUCUGCGGGUCGGCGCUGGCCACCGGCUUCCUCUACCCCUUCCCGGCCGCAGCGCUGCCGCAGCACGGCUACCCCGAGCCCGGCGCCGGCUCCCCCGGCAGCGGCUACGGAAGCCGCCGGCACUGGUGCCGUCACACGGUGACACGGACGGUGUCCUGCCAGGUGCAGAAUGGCUCCGAGACAGUGGUCCAGCGUGUGUACCAGAGCUGCCGGUGGCCCGGGCCCUGUGCCAACCUCGUGAGUUACAGGACUCUGAUCAGGCCCACAUACAGAGUGUCCUACCGCACGGUGACGGCGCUGGAGUGGAGAUGCUGCCCUGGCUUUACUGGGAGCAACUGUGAGGAGGAAUGCAUGAACUGUACCCGGCUCAGCGACAUGAGUGAGAGGCUGACCACGCUGGAGGCCAAGAUUCUCCUGUUGGAAGCAGCAGAGCAGUCUUCAGGCCCAGACAAUGACCUGCCGACCCCCCAGAGCACCCUGCCACCCUGGAACGAGGACUUCCUUCCUGAUGCCAUUCCUCUAGCCCACCCGGGUUCCCGAAGGAGGCCCACAGGCCCAGCUGGGCCCCCGGGGCAGACGGGACCACCAGGACCUGCAGGUCCCCCAGGCUCCAAAGGUGACCCGGGCCAGACAGGGGAGAAGGGCCCGGCAGGGCCUCCCGGCCUGUUGGGGCCAUCAGGGCCCCGCGGACUUCCUGGAGAGAUGGGGCGCCCCGGCCCCCCUGGUCCCCCUGGCCCAGCAGGCAACCCGGGCCUUCCUCCAAACAGCCCACAAGGUGCCCUCUACUCCCUGCAGCCACCUACGGACACGGACACUGGAGAUGAGCACCUGGCCUCUGCUGCUGUGGACACAGUGCUGGCAGGUGUCCCAGGGCCCCGAGGCCCCCCUGGCCCUCCAGGUCCUCCCGGACCACAUGGUCCCCCAGGACCUCCAGGUGUAUCUGGAUCCCAGGGCCUGGCUGGAGAGCGGAGCAUGACAGGGCCAUCUGGCGAGCCUGGUGGGAAGGGGCAGGAAGAGGAGAAAGCUGCCACCGAGGGCGAGGGGGUGCAGCAGCUGCGGGAGGCCCUGAAGAUCCUGGCGGAGAGAGUCCUCAUCCUGGAGCACAUGAUUGGGAUCCACGAUCCCCUGGCCUCUCCUGAGGGGGGCUCCGGCCAGGACGCUGCCCUGAGAGCCAACCUCAAGAUGAAGCGGGGUGGCCCCCCACCUGAUGGCUCCCUCGCAGCCCUGCUCAGCCCUGACCCUGGGCAGAGGAGCACUGGCCGGGCCAGUGGCGGGAAGUAAGAGGCCGGCUCUCCAGGACAAGCCAGAGACCCAGGCCUGUGCCAGCACGGGCUCCUGAAGACAUCCCAAGUGGGACCGGGCUCCGGGCAUGGACAAUUGUGAGGGACACUGGCCCCCAGGGAGAGAUGGCGAUUCUGGAGGGCCCCAGCACCCUUGGCAGAGCCCUCCCCUGAUCCCUGCCCUCCGCCACCCCCAUUCCCUGCAGGAGACAGGGUCUGGGUGGGCAGGGUGGGGCCCAGAAUAACUGUAGCUCGCAUCAUUUCCUGAGUCCCUGGGAUAUCUGGGCCUGUCCACGGAGUUUUCCCUACAUUGUCUCAUUUAAUCCUUAGGAGGUAGGCUUGUUACCCCCACUUUAUGGGGGAACAGAGGUUUGGUGAGUAUAAAUAACCUGCCAAAGCCACCAGCCCAUGGACGGCUGGGGUAAGAUUUGAACCCAGGUCUCUCAGUUCCUAACUCUCAACCCUGCCAGCUCUUCACGGGGAAGCUCAGGGCACGUACAGGGCUGCAGGCAGGCUGGACCAGCCAGCUGGGAAGGAGGGGGGUGCCUGGGCCUCCUUCCUCAACUGCCUCCCCAGGCUCGGGGUCUGCUCCAUGGGUUGAGGGUGGCCUGGCCUGUAGCUGCCCUCAGAGGCCAGGGAGACCGUGCUUAAAUAUGUGACAGUCAUGUGGACUUGGGGACCCUGAGAAGAAUGCUGGGGUGGAAAGGCCCUUGAACCAAAUUGGCAUCGCCCCCUGCUCCCCCCAGUCUCUCUGAGGCCAGCCCACUAGGCCCCUCCCACCCCUGAGCCGGGAGGAGGGAGCGGCCAUCACUUCAGCCCAGACCACAGCUCUCAAGGCCACUCAAGGCCUCUCAGGACAGUCCCCUGUGACCUGGACCUGGUGCGCCUCUCGCUGGGCCAGGUCCUGGUCUCAGUGACAGCUGCAAGCUCAGAGAUUCGCAGGUGCUGGCACCACCCAGGCGCAUGUCCCCUCAUGGCAGGAGUAACCUGUCCCCAGCGCCCUCGGUGCUCCUGGGUGACCUCUCUAUGCUCUGGAGGCCCUGACUGCCCCUUGUGAGGCAGGGCUGGUCUGGAGGCUAAGGUGAGGUCUCCCACCGCCUGUCUUCACAGAGCGGCGCUCAGAGGUGGGCAGGGGUCUGUAACGCUCUGACAAUAAAGGUGC